UCUCUUUUGCAUAAUAGUGGACAACGGAGCGCUCGCUUGUACUUGGAGAUGGCUGGGACGGUGCUGACUUUCUAGUUCCCCGUUUUCGUGCAAUAGGGCUUUGGAAUGCUUUUUUGACCGUCUUUGUAUUAAUCUUUGCUUGCUACUGAUUGAAACAUAGUGGUGUGGUGCUGUUUUCAAGAACUUUGCUCCUCAACUUCUUGACAUGUCUGGAAAGGAUCGCCUGGCUAUCUUCCCUUCCAGGGGUGCCCAGACCCAGAUGAAGCUACGGCUGAAAGGUGCUCAGAAGGGUCACAGCCUGCUGAAAAAGAAGGCAGAUGCCCUGCAGCUGAGAUUUCGGCUGAUCCUAGGCAAGAUUGUGGAGACCAAGACGCUGAUGGGCGAGGUGAUGAAGGUGGCUGCCUUCUCCCUGGCCGAGGUCAAGUUCGCCAUCGGUGGCGAGACCUCCCUGCCCCAGGUUGUGCUGCAAAACGUCAACAAGGCGCAGAUCAAGGUCCGCACCAAGAAGGAUAACGUGGCAGGCGUCACGCUGCCAGUGUUCGAGAGCUACCAGGAGGCGACCGACCAGUACGAGCUGGCCGGCCUGGCGCGCGGCGGCCACGCCGUGGCCAACAUGAAGAAGAACUACCAGAAGGCCAUUGAGCUGCUGGUGGACCUGGCGUCGCUCCAGACGUCGUUCGUGACACUCGACGAGGUCAUCAAGAUCACCAACCGGCGCGUCAACGCCAUCGAGCACGUGAUCAUCCCGCGCAUCGAGCGCACGCUGGCCUACAUCAUCUCGGAGUUGGACGAGCUUGAGCGGGAGGAGUUCUAUCGCCUGAAGAAGAUCCAGGACAAGAAGCGCAUCCUGCGCAAGAAGAAGGAGGCCCUCGAGAAGGCGGCGGCCGAAGCGCUGGCCGCCAAGGGUGUUGUCAAAGAGGACGAGCCUGACACCAAGAACAUGCUGGACGAGGUGGUGGAUGAAGACGUCAUCUUCUAGACCGGUGUCAGACAUUGCGUUGGUAGAGAGGACGGCGUUCUCAUCUUGCUGUGUUCCCCGACACUGGCGUCUGACCGACGGCUCGCGAGCGGCUAGUUCACGUGAGUGAUUGCGCUCGGCGGUGUGUUAAAACAAGUGCAUAUAAACCACCCGUUCCGAUCCAUGUUUGGUUUGUUUUGGGGAUAUCCGGAGUGAGAGUCGGUGGCAAAGAAUAUUUGAGGAAUCGUCUCGCCGCGCUGUCGUACAUGGGUGCAGCAAACGUUUGUCCCGUUCUAUCGAUGUAGAAUACGUGACAGUCGGUGUCAGCGUGUACAUUGUAGCAUGAUUGUGCGGACAUAAUUGGAGCGUAUUUUGCGUCGCAGCAGCGGUGCGGAGCUACACUUUAACCCGCGAGAACAUUCCUUUGCUGUACGGCGGAUACUAUGCUAUUGAAUGGCAAUGUGCGUGUAUAUAGAAUGAGGAAAUGAUGUAAUGGUUCGGUUACGUCGCCGAUGAUUUAUUAAUAGCUACCGCCGUUUCGCAAGCUUUCAUGUAAUAUAUGAAUCAAGUCGGACACCGCGGCGCUCCUAGGCAAGGUGGGGAUUGAUUGAAAAAUAUAUUAUACGUCGCGUCACGAA